UAAAAUGGACAAACCCGAAUCAUUAUCUAUCGACCCGAGAUCCGGAUUCUGCCCCGAAACCGGAAUAUUUUACAGCCUCCGCCCACUAGUCCCCCUUCCACCGGCAAACACACUUCUCUCCGCCGCCGAUUAUGCUCUUUCCCUCCACUCCACCUCCACCUGCUCCGAUUCUACCGCGCUCAUCAACUCCGCCACUGGCCACCGAAUUUCCUACUCCCAAUUCCGUCGUUACGUCGAUGCCUUAGCCUUCUCUCUACGAACGGAAAUUGGCCUCUCAAACAAUGACGUCGCUUUUGUGCUUUCCCCCAACUCCACCCGCACUCCGAUUCUCUAUUUCGCGCUCCUCUCCAUCGGCGUCGCCGUCUCUCCGGCCAAUCCUCUCAGCACGGAGUCUGAAAUCUCCCGCCAAAUCAAAAUCUCGAAGCCGGCCGUCGCGUUUGCCACGUCAGCAACCGCCGUUAAACUCCGGGAGCUUGGAUGUAGAACUGUUCUCAUCGACUCGGUCGAGUUCGAGUACAUGAUGACGGGAAGAAUCGACGCCGGCGGCGGACUCGGCGUGGUGGAGGUGAGACAGAACGACGUCGCUGCGAUACUCUUUUCCUCCGGGACGACGGGUCAGACAAAAGGCGUGGCCCUAACUCACCGGAACUUAAUUUCCGUCGUCGCUAAUUUCUACCACCAGCGGCAAGAGAGGCCAUCUCCGGCGGUGGGGCUGUACACGAUUCCGUAUUUCCACGUGUUCGGGUUCCAUUACAGCUUGAAAUCGGUGGCGCUGGCUGAGACGGUGGUGGUUAUGGAGAGGUUCGAGUUGGGAAAAAUGCUGAGGGCGGUGGAGGAGCAUAAGGUGACGCAUUUGGCGGUGGUGCCGCCGAUCGUGGUGGGGAUGGUGAAGAGUGACGUCACGCGGAAGUUCGACUUGGGCUCGCUGGAAGCUGUUGGCAGCGGCGCAGCACCACUCGGCACAGAUUUGAUUGAAGCCUUCACAAAUAAAUUCCCAGGCGUUUCACUUUUUCAGGGUUAUGGGAUGACUGAAACAAGUGGUGCAGCAUUCAGAGCAAUAAAUCGUGAAGAAUAUUCCCGAUGGGGUUCGGUGGGAAAGCUUGCAGGGACUAAUGAAGCCAAGAUUGUUGAUCUUGAAACAGGCAUUGCUCUACCUCCUGGGAAGCAAGGGGAACUAUGGAUAAGAGGACCGACCGUGAUGAAAGGAUAUGUGGACGACAGAAAGGCGAAUUUGGAAACCUUGGUGUCGGGCGAGUGGCUGAAAACUGGUGAUGUUUGUUAUAUUGACGAAGAAGGGUUCCUUUUUGUGGUUGAUAGGCUAAAGGAGUUGAUCAAAUACAAAGGAUAUCAGGUUGCUCCUGUUGAGUUAGAACAACUGCUUCUCUCCCACCCUGAUAUUGUGGAUGCUGCUGUAGUACCUUACCCUGAUGAAGAAGCUGGUCAAGUGCCGUUGGCAUUUGUAGUCCGAUCUCCACAAAGCAACCUUAAUGAGAGACAAAUUAUUGAAUUUAUUGGGAAACAGGUUGCUCCGUACAAGAAAGUAAGGCUUGUAGCAUUUAUUAGCUCAAUACCGAAGAGUGCAUCCGGCAAGAUAUUGAGAAAAGAAUUGCAGAAGAUUCUCCUGCCAGAGUCUAAGCUUUAGUGACGACGUUUCACUUGUUCGCUUCAGUAGACUUUUUCUUGGAGGAGAUUUCAAGAUUUGAUAAUGUUUUCGAUAACCUACAAUGUGUAGAAGAAGCAUUAUAUCACUA